GAAAGCGAGAAGCAUCGGAUCUAGGCUAAGUGAAUUCAUCCUGUUUCUGUUCCCGCCGAUGAAUCGGUUUGCUGUCUUUCUGCUUUGCGACUACUCCAAUAGGUAUCCGUUAUAUUCCGGUGGCUCUGAUAGUUUGGUUUGGGUUCCGUCUAUAUUUUUCUUUCGGGGUCUGCGCGUUUUGUUUUCCUCAAUCUCUUUUGUGUGUACUGUAUUUAUUUGGAAAAGCGCUGUUUAAUUAAUAAUACCUUUCCCAUAACCCUUCCCUACCCUACCAUACUACACGUC